GUAUUCUUCAUUGCUGAUAUACUGUUUAUUUAGCACUGUAACAAUGCCGACGCCGGCUGUCAAAGUCCGUGAACUCCUGGCCGCGAAGGCGGGAGUAAAACCGACUGGCUCCAAAGCAGUCACCACCUCGACUCCUGCCUGGAAAGCAAAACUUCAAUCGCGUACCCCCACCAGCAAGUCUGCGGCCGCGGAUGGCGAUCGCCCAUCGACCGUGGACACCGAGCCUAAUGCGAGCCGGGGCGUACCAACGAACGGUCAUUUAGACGCUGGGAAGUCAGUGGAGGCGGCAGAGGCAGCGCUGAAGCUGACGUUCAUUGCGCCGGUGCCGCUUCUGCCCAAGCCAGACCUGACAAGGCCCCAGGCACCCACGGACCGCUCGGCGCUGCUGCGGCAGCUGCAGGACCUGCGGUCAGCCGGCAGUCGAAUGCUGCAGGAGCAGCAGCAACAGCAGCAGCAUGAUUCGGCCGCGCUUGCCGCCGCAGCGGCAGGCGGCGCCGGGCCCGGCUCUUCCUUGCUCGCAACACCCGGCCACAGCCACCACCAGCAGCAGCAGCAGCUGCAGGCGCCUGCUUCUCCCUUGGUGGGCUCGCUCUUGGGUGUCCCGCGGUCACCGCACACCGCGCCUCUCACGCCAGGCACGGGCGCUCGACCGGCGCUCAGCCCGCCGUCGCUAGCUGGGCUACGAGUCCAGGAGGCAGCUGACACGGGCGGCGGCUUCCUCACACACUUUGCUGACCCCAAGGACCUCACGACGCCGCCGGAUCACGGCGCCGGCGGCUUCAGCCGCUCUCGAGCGGCAACCCCUGGAGGCGGAGUUGGCGCAAGCACCGGCUACCGGGGCUUGUCAGCAGCUGGCGCGGGCGUGGGUAUGGGCGUGGGCGGCAGGCUGGCGUUUGGGGCCGGCGGCACGCCAGCUACAGCCGGCGGAGGCAUGGCAGCAGGCAGCAGUAGCACGCCGCUGUCGGCGCUGCGGACGGUGGAGAAGGUGCAGCAGCUGCAGCGGCGGCUGCUGAGCCUGCAGCAGGAAGGUGCGUCGCUGGUGUCCGAGAUGGGCGAGGAUUAAAAAUCUAGACCGAUUGAGUCAUCAGACGGUGUCUGGAUCCUGAGGUUGGACUGCUGGCUGGGACAUAUCGGUAUACAUUGAUCGGGUCCUGGGUGUGGCAGGGCACGGGUUUGAAGGGGCAGCCGGUGGGUAGGCUGCGUGAGCAGCACACGGUACCCGUAUGCCGGUCGCUGGUGGCCCGUUGGUGGCUUUACGGUGGCGCGUGCUUUUUUAGAGCACUGCACGGACUGCACGGACCGUACGUGCACUGCACGGACCGUACGUGCACGUUACCAGCUAUGGCUGUGGGCUACGAAACGCAAAGGACCUUGUGGCAUUGUGUUGGUGCAAGCGUGCCGCCGGGUAGCCCCAAUGGGAAGCGCCCCGAUGAGCGGCGGCAAGAACAGGACGGUGCGAGGGAAACCCUGUGGGAGCAGGUGGGAGUUGAGUAGGCCCAAGGAGUAGGCCUAGUCACGUCCGUAUGCAGUGGUGGCCUGUGAAUAUGUUUAUCCGAGGGCGAGCAGGCUUGAAGACGCGUGUGCAGGUAGCGUGUGGCCGCGGUUGUAGUGGGCCGGCGCCGGAUAGCGGCUGGCGGGCGCGAGUUGCGCAACGGGACUGCAGAGUAAUGAGGGUCAAGCAAUAUUGCUAACUCGAGUUAAAACAGUCAUGAC